GGAAAGAGUAUAUACCUAUUAUGCAUAGCCAGUGUUGCGGACUCCCAAGUCCAAACUCUGGGCUUCAUCCGCUUUUUCUCAAAUCCAAAUCCAAAUCCAAAUAGUUUGGUCUACAAAGCCACACUACCCUACUCAUACUCCUCUAGUCCCAGUCCUAGAGAGAGAAACAAAACAAAACAGCAAAAGCAAGGAAAGGAAGAAGAGACAAACAAGUCUACUAUCACUACUGUCUAAAAAGUAAAAGCAAAAGAAGAAAAAAAACACAAAGAAAAGAGAAGAAGCAGAUUUUAGUUGUUGUGGGUUGGUUAUGGUGGAAAAUGCAGUGAUCAGGCGGUAGAAGUACUAGAGCUGGAUUCCGAAGGGGGUAAAAUCGUCAUUUGGUUGCUGCUAUCGCCAUUUUUUUUUUUGCUUCCUGGAUCACACUGAUUCCCCCCAUCUCCAUGCUCUUGCUCUUCUCUUCUGCUACCUCGGUUCCGGCUCCCGCUUCCGACAAUAUCAUCAGCGACGCCAUUUGUAAGCUCACCGGAAUCUCCCUCACCGGCGGUGCGGCGGCUGAGGACCGCGGCGGAUUCUGGUGGAAGAUAAAGUCCGAGGAGGUGGAAGCUUCAAAUGUUGGAGUAGCUCUCGCCGUCACGGCCUUGGCCGGUCUCGCCUUGGCCGCCGUUCUUCUCUGUAACACUAGGUAAAUAUAACUAGGAAAUUUCCAAGAUCAAUCGAAUCGAUUUGGAUUAAAUUAUCAAGUAGAUGUACUAGAAAGUUUCUUUUCUUUCUUUUUUUUUUUUUUCCCUUGUUGUUGUAAAAUUGUUUUUUGCUCGGACGAAAAAGUUUGAAUUUAUAAAGAGAGGUAGUAGUAGAUGAAAGCUCUCAGACGAAGUCAGACUUCGUCAUCUUCGAAUUCAAUCUCCCCGUCAUCUUCGACGUCGUCGUCCUCCUCGUCGUCGUGGAUUUAUUUGAGAUCGGUUCUAUUCGUAGUCUCCUCCUCUUCGCCAGCUAAUUGUUCUUCUUCUGAUCGCGGUCGUUUGAAAUCUCCAUGGUCCCGAAGAAAAAGGAAACAUGCUCUGUCACCUCAACAAUGGAGAAACAUGUUUACACCAGAAGGAAAGUUACGUGAUCGUGGAGCCAAAUUUCUGAAGAAAGUUAGAAGUGGAGGCAUUGAUCCAAGAAUCAGAGCAGAGGUUUGGCCUUUCCUCCUGGGCGUGUAUGACUUGAGCAGCUCAAAAGAGGAAAGAGAUAAUGUGAGAACUUUGAAAAGAAAGGAAUAUGAGAAGCUUCGAAGACGAUGUCGUCGACUUCUGAAACACCAUGCGGAGGACCAUAAAUCUCUUCUUGAAGGAUGUAACUCUCCAGAUUCUGAUGAUGCUGUUAGUGCGAGAGAAUCCCUAUCUAGUGAGGAAAGAAGCCCAUAUAUAGAGUAUUCCCACCAUUUAACUCCCUCGUUGUUGGACGCCAAUAGUGAAUCUCGGCGAGUUACUGAUGCUAGUGUGGUAUAUGAUUCUGAUUCAUCAUAUUCGGACUCCUCUGAAGACCCUGAAGCCAGUCAAACAUUUCCUUCAUCAGAUGUUAAAGAGGACACUGAUAUUCAAUUGGCAUCGAACGAGGAUUCAUCUCCCACAAAGUCCGAGUUCCAAUCAGAACCCCGCAACGUCGAAGAUUUUGCCGCAUGGCAGCGGAUUAUUCGCCUCGAUGCCGUUCGUGCUAAUGGAGAAUGGAUUUCUUAUGCACCCUCUCAGGCUGCUGUACAAGAUGACCGAGCUCGGCGUUGUGCGGAAGCUGUUGGAUUGAAGGACUAUGAGCACCUAGAACCCUCUAGAAUUUUCCAUGCUGCCCGGCUGGUCGCCAUCCUUGAAGCCUAUGCACUUUACGACCCUGAAAUUGGCUACUGCCAAGGAAUGAGUGAUUUGCUAUCUCCAAUAAUUUCGGUGAUGACAGAGGACCAUGAAGCUUUCUGGUGUUUUGUCGGUUUCAUGAAAAAGGCUCGGCAUAACUUUAGGCUUGAUGAGGUGGGGAUCAGAAGACAGCUGAAUAUCGUUUCAAAAAUUAUCAAAUUUAAAGAUUCACAUCUAUACCGUCACUUGGAGAAACUGCAAGCAGAGGACUGCUUUUUUGUAUACAGAAUGGUAGUGGUACUCUUCAGGCGGGAAUUAACUUUUGAGCAAACACUCUGCCUUUGGGAAGUUGUGUGGGCAGAUCAAACUGCAAUUAGAGCUGGGAUUUGGAAGUCGGCUUGGAGCAGGAUAAGGCUGCGUGCUCCCCCGACGGACGAUUUACUCUUGUAUGCUAUUGCGGCUUCUGUCUUACAGAGGCGUAAACAGAUAAUUGAAAAAUAUAGUAGCAUGGAUGAAAUUUUGAGAGAGUGCAAUAGCAUGGCUGGGCAUCUUGAUGUCUGGAGGCUCCUGGACGACGCGCAUGGCUUGGUCGUAACCCUGCAUGAUAAGAUCGAGACAUCUUUGUGAAUGACCCGUGUCUACUCUUCGAUUCUAUUUGGUUCGGGGUUGCAGUGUACUUGUGCGAUAUUUGGAACUCUGAAUCCUCAGAUUACCUCCGCAAACGAAAUUGAUCUGACUAUUCUAAUCCUGUUUUGAAGGUGCCCAUGUAAUCAGAUGAAGUGUUUUGGCAGCAGAGUCUCUGUGGUGAUUGCUGUUGAUAGUUGACUUCGCCAAUGAUACUCACAAUGGGAUCAGUUAUCAGCCGUCAAGCAUUGGCUCCGUUUUCUCAAUUUGCAUUUUACUGGGGCUCGAUUUGUUGUGUACUGUUUUCUAUUGAAAAAAGAAUAUAUAUGUAUUGUUUCUAAAACGAAGUUCUAAUCUAAUACCAGUUACAGAAAGAUGCUUUCCUUUUUGUGCUUGACAAUCCCUGGAAGAUUGGAGUUUUUGUAUGUUAACAACUUGACAUUGAUAAUCGCCUCCAAACGUAUGAACUUGCCAUUUGUUUAGCUGGGAAAUGAACGUGUACAGCC